AUGGCGUUUUCAACCCCGGAAGGCGGAUCGAUUAGUACAUUGAUCAAUCCAACACAAGGCGAUGAACAAUUCAGUGUGGGUGAAUUAGUUAUUCAAGAGCAAGAAGGGUCGAAGGUCGACGAAAUUACCGAUGUCGUUGUGACUAGAAAGGAUGAGUUGGACGACGGACACGAGUUGCCAGAUCAUAAUGGUGUAGGUGAAGAGGAAAUUCCAGUCAUAAGAAUGAGUUUUGGUUCGUUGCCUCUCACACAGAAAUUUUAUGCAAACUAUGCAAAGAAAGUUGGACGCAAUCUCCGAUGCUCCGAUGACAAUGAGGACUUCCAGAGGAUGAUGAAUUAUUUCGUUCGAAUGAAGGAGAUCAAUCCCAACUUCUUUUAUGCCAUAGAUGUUGACGAUGCUAAUAAAUUUAGGAGCACACUAUGGGUAGAUGCAAGGUGCAGGGUUUCGUAUGAAUAUUACGAAGAUGUGGUGUCGUUUGACACCACUUACAGAAGAAACAGGCAUGGUCUGCCAUUUGCAUCCUUUGUAGGUGUAAACCACCAUGGGAAGUCUACUCUUCUUGGUUGUGCUUUACUUAGGAGUGAAGAGAUCCCUAGUUUUGAGUGGGUGUUCACGCAGUGGGUGAGAUGCGUUGAGACUGCACCAAGGGGGAUUAUCACUUACCAGUGCAAGGCGAUGGCUGGUGCUAUUAUGAAGGUCCUACCUGACACUAUCUACCGAUGGUACGGAGAAUUGAAUGCAAUGAUGAAUCACAUUGUGUGGAAUUCUCCUUUGACUGAAUCAUUCGAGGCUGAUUGGGCUGGUUUCAUCAAACAAUUUAACUUAGGCCACAACAUAUGGUUAGCAAGCAUGAGUAGUACACAGCGUAGUGAAAGUAUGCACACAUUUUAUGGUGGAUACCUGCAUUGCAAGAGUGGGUUGGUUCAGUUCGUCCAUGAAUACGACAAUGGAGAUACAAUUUCUAUUAAAGUGGACGAGCAGAAGGUAUUCUGGGGAAAGCCUAUCUACCAUACUUUCAGGGUCGAGUUUGACCCUUUGAGUCGAAAGGGUCAGUGCGAGUGCAACAAAUUUGAAUUUGCUAGUAUAUUGUGUUGCCACACCCUUGCGGUCUGGUCAUACUACAGAGUUGACACAGUACCGAGCUGCUAUGUUCUUCUUCGAUGGAGUAAGAAUGUCAUCCGCAAGCACACUUACAUCAAGAAUUACCAUGACGUGGCUCAGAGUGAUGAAAGCAACAACUUGUUCAGGCAUCUGUGUUCAGAGUUCUAUAACGUUGCGCAGGAGUUUCUUGCUUGUGAUAAGGAAGCAGCCAUCUUGCAAGCUGCCUUUUGGGAUGCAAAGUUCAAGCUGACUGAUUACCGUGCCAGCAUGCGUUCCACUACUGUUGCUACGUCUCAAAAUACCAUGGAUGAGGUUGACCUUUAG